CACAGUUAUUUGGAGUUUCAAGCUGUGGGCGAGCGAGCUCGAAUAAAGUUUCGUUCUAACCACGCAGUGUCGGAAAAGACGCCGAAUUAAACUUUUAACAGGACUAGAAUUAUUCACCUAAUGUGUUUAAAUAACUUUGCAGUGUGCAGUUUGUUCUCAUCACUGUAAGUACCCUGAGACAUGGUCGAGCCAACAAUACACAAGUUCACGUCUUUAGAGGAGGAGCUGGGCUUCUGGAAGGAGCAGUCAAGUAGACACCAGCAGAGGGCAGAUGAAUCUCAGGAGGAGCUGCAAGAGUUUCAGCAGAUGAGUAGAGACUAUGAAGCCGAGCUGGAAGCAGAGUUGAAACAGUGCGAGGCUCGGAACAAGGAGCUGCUGCAAAACAACAACCGACUCCGAGUGGAGCUGGAGAACAUCAAGGAGAAAUAUGAGAAUCAACACGCUGACACUUUUAAGCACAUCUCAACUCUUGAGGAAAAUCUAGCAGAGACUACAGCAGUCCGAGAUCACCUGCAGAAAUACAUCAGGGAGCUGGAACAGUCCAAUGAUGACCUGGAGAGGACCAAAAGGGCUACCAUCAUGUCCCUGGAGGACUUUGAGCAGAGGAUGAACCAUGUCAUUGAGAGGAAUGCUUUUCUUGAAAGUGAGCUGGAUGAGAAAGAGAACCUGCUUGAGUCGGUUCAGAGACUCAAAGAUGAAGCCAGAGAUCUUCGGCAGGAGCUGGCAGUACGUCAGAAAGAAAGGCGGCCAUCCAGCAGCCUGGGCAAAGAUUCUGAUCCUUCCAGUGGUAUCACUCCCAUGCCUGGUACCCCCUCCAAACCUCUCAGCUCCUUCACCACACCUCCUCCAUCCAGCAUCCGACGAGGUGACGGUCUAACAGGGACUCCUCUCACAACAUCUGCCAGGAUAUCUGCACUCAACAUAGUUGGGGAACUGCUGAGAAAAGUUGGGAAUCUGGAGUCCAAGCUGGCCUCGUGUCGAGACUUUGUGUAUGACACGUCGGUUAUCAGGCCUACACUGGCCGCCGCCCUUGGGAGCCCAUGUGGUCUAGAAGGAGGGGCUGGAGUGCAAGCUAGCAGCAUGAGUCCUCCCCCUCCUCAGUACGACAGUUUAGUGAAGCGGUUGGAAUUUGGACCGGCGCCCCCACGAGGAAUCUCCCAGGGGCCUCAGUCGCCACAGGGAGGAGUCAAGAUGCUGCUCUGAGGAACAUUUGCCUCCCUCCGUCCCCCCACGCCCCACCCAGCGUGCACCUCUUGGGAGCGCAGUGGUCACAUGAUGCACAACUGAGGGAAAAAAACACUUCCUUUGCUCCAUACAACACUUGACUGGCGGAAUCCUGCUGCCUCAGACUCGCUCUUAUCACAACGCUUUGCAAAAUGAGGUAUGUUUUUUUUUAAUCCCACAUGCACUCUCGCCAAAGUGUACUGGAGCAGGAGCAAAAGUCCAAAGCAGCAAGCAUGUUAGUCCCUGGAAUGGAAUAGUGACUCGUUUAGGGACCUUUAGGUCAGUGUUUAUUUUAUUUUUUUAACUUUUUACAUAACAGGACUCAUUCUGUUAUAUGAAUGGCAGCAAGAUCAAUUUAUGUCACUGCUGCCAUCUAGUGGAGGACUUUUUUUUUUUGUUCUGCUUCCUCACUGGUAUAGCUCGAUAAACAUUUGUAGGGCUGGUAAGGUAUUUUUGAACUGCGCUGAAAAAAAUGCAAGUUUUUAUGUAUUUGAUGUGGUUGAUUGUGAAAAAUGGUGCUGGUUGGUUUUAAGCCUCCGUUGCCUUCAUUUUUUUAUUUUCAGCUCUUUUAGUCGACUUCAGUUGACUGUUGAAUUUGUGAUUAUUCCACUCACGCUACUGAUACUGAAAGUCAUUGUUGUGAUUAGAGAUAACAUUGUGGAUCAGGUUAAAAAGACGCACCGUUUUGUUUUUCAGCACAUCAGGAAAGUAUUCACAGCACUUCACUUUCUCCACAAUUUGUUGUUAUUUUGAAAUGCAAUACCUUUUUGUCCUCAAAAUUCUACACACAAUACCCCACAAUGACAAACUGAAAACGUUCUUUUAGACCUUUCUGUGAAUUUAAUUCAAAUAACAAAACAUACAGUUUUGGACUCACCUUCUCAUUUCAAUGCGGUUUCUUUAUUUUCAUGAUUAUUGUAGAUUGUCACUGAAAGCAUCAAAACUAUGACACCUUUUGAAGUGAAAACCCUUUCUUGAAGCUCAUGGAGAGAAUGCCGAAAGUGUGCGAAAAAGUAAUCAGAGCAAAGGGUGGCUAUUUUGAAGAAACUGGAAUAUAAAACAUGUUUUCAGUUAUUUCACCUUUUUUUGUUAAGUACGUAACUCCACAUGUUCAUAGUUUUGAUGCCUUCAGUGACAAUCUACAAUGUAAAUAGUCGUGAAAAUACAUUGAAUGAGAAGGUGUGUCCAAACUUUUGGCCUGUACUGUAUAUAAGUAUUCACAGCCUUUGAAGCUCAAAAUUGAUGUAUUUAUUUUUUAUGUAUUUUAUGGGCAGUGUACGCAAUACGGUAUGUACAAGUAAUCGAUUGGUGCACCAAAUUAAACCAAUAGCUAAUUUCCACCUGUCGUCUUUACAACAGGGUUCUGUUCUAUUUUGUUAUCUUCUUUGGGACUUAAAGGCUGUAACAAAAAUAAAAACGCUGUGUAUAUUUUCCAGAUGCGCUGUAUUUUUUUUGUUAUAACAUUGCUGUUUUUCACCUUUUUAAGAGGUUAUGGCUGGGCAGUAAAAAUCCACAGCAAAUACCAUCCAUGCUGCUGUGUCCUCUUGGCUGUGUUUCUACCUGACUGACCGCCAUUCAAGCAUUAAAAGGAGAUAAGCACUU